AUGGCCAAGCCGCUGACAGACCAGGACCGGAGGAAGCAGAUCUCGGUGCGGGGCCUGGCCGGGGUGGAGAACGUGGCGGACCUGAAAACUAAUUUCAACCGGCAUCUUCAUUUCACCCUGGUCAAGGACCGGAAUGUGGCCACCAAACGGGACUACUACUUCGCCCUGGCCAACACGGUCCGGGACCACCUUGUGGGCCGCUGGAUCCGAACGCAGCAGCAUUACUACGAGAAGGACCCCAAACGUGUCUACUACCUCUCCUUGGAGUUUUACAUGGGCCGCACGCUGCAGAACACCAUGGUGAAUCUGGCCUUGGAGAACGCCUGCGAUGAAGCCACGUACCAGCUGGGUCUGGACAUGGAGGAGCUGCAGGACAUCGAGGAAGACGCUGGCCUCGGCAACGGAGGGCUUGGUCGUCUGGCUGCUUGCUUCCUGGACUCCAUGGCCUCUCUGGGUCUGGCUGCUUAUGGAUAUGGCAUCCGGUACGAGUUCGGCAUUUUCAAUCAGAAAAUUGUCAAUGGCUGGCAGGUGGAAGAAGCAGAUGACUGGCUGCGUUACGGGAACCCCUGGGAGAAGGCGCGCCCUGAGUACAUGCGCCCUGUCCACUUCUAUGGCCGAGUGGAACACACAGCUGAAGGCGUGAAGUGGGUCGACACACAGGUGGUUUUGGCUCUUCCCUAUGACACUCCGGUGCCGGGCUACAGAAACAACAUAGUUAACACGAUGAGGCUGUGGUCUGCCAAGGCCCCCUGUGACUUUAACCUCAAAGACUUUAAUGUCGGAGGCUACAUCCAAGCCGUGCUGGAUAGAAACCUGGCCGAGAACAUCUCCAGAGUGCUCUACCCCAAUGACAACUUCUUUGAAGGGAAGGAGCUGCGCCUGAAGCAGGAGUACUUUGUCGUGGCAGCGACUCUUCAAGACAUCAUCCGCCGAUUCAAAGCCUCCAAGUUUGGCUCCACAGAGUUUGUGCGACUGGACCUUUCUACACUGCCAGACAAGGUGGCCAUCCAGCUGAAUGACACUCACCCUGCUCUGGCCAUUCCUGAGCUCAUGAGGAUCCUGGUGGACACUGAGGGACUCUCCUGGGAGAAGGCCUGGGACAUCGUGAUUCGUACCUGUGCCUACACGAACCACACCGUGCUGCCUGAGGCACUGGAGCGCUGGCCCGUAGACCUCUUCCACAACCUGCUGCCUCGGCACCUCGAGAUCAUCUACGAGAUCAACAGGAGGCACCUGGAGCGCAUCUCUAAGCUUUACCCGGACGACACUGACCGCGUCCGCAGAAUGUCCCUGAUUGAGGAAGGAGACGUGAAGAAGAUCAACAUGGCUCACCUGUGCAUCGUGGGCUCUCACGCGGUCAACGGAGUGGCCCGCAUCCACUCUGAAAUCAUCAAGAACACCGUGUUCAAGGACUUCUACGAAAUUGACCCUCAAAAGUUUCAGAACAAGACCAAUGGCAUCACGCCCAGGCGCUGGCUGGUCAUGUGCAACCCGGGCCUGGCUGAGGUCAUCGCUGAGAGGAUCGGAGAGGACUACAUCCGUGACCUGGACCAGCUGAAGAAGCUUCUGCAGUUUGUGGAUGAUGACGCCUUCAUUCGGGAUGUGGCCAAAAUCAAACAAGAGAACAAGAUGAAGUUCGCCGCGCAUCUUGAGGAGCACUACAAGGUGAAGAUCAACCCCAGCUCCAUGUUUGAUGUGCAGGUGAAGAGGAUCCACGAGUACAAACGACAGCUGCUCAACUGCCUGCAUAUCAUCACUCUGUACAACCGCAUCAAGAAGGAGCCCAGCAAGGUGUGGACACCCAGGACCAUUAUGAUCGGAGGAAAGGCAGCUCCAGGGUACCACACUGCCAAGAUGAUCAUCAAGCUGAUCACGUCCAUCGGGGAUAUUGUUAAUAACGACCCCGUGGUGGGAGACCGCCUGAAGGUCAUCUACCUGGAGAACUACCGCGUCACUCUGGCUGAGAAGGUCAUCCCUGCGUCUGACCUGUCCGAGCAGAUUUCCACAGCAGGUACUGAGGCCUCCGGCACCGGGAACAUGAAGUUCAUGCUGAACGGCGCCCUCACCAUUGGCACCAUGGAUGGAGCCAACGUGGAGAUGGCAGAGGAGGCCGGAGAGGAGAACCUCUUCAUCUUCGGUAUGAGGGUGCACGAUGUGGAGGCUCUGGAUAAGAAGGGCUAUGACGCUGUGUCGUACUACAACCGCAUCCCUGAGCUGAAGCAGGCAGUGGACCAGAUAUCAGGAGGCUUCUUCAGCCCCGCCCAGCCCGGCCUGUUCAAGGACCUCGUCAACAUGCUGAUGCACCACGACAGGUUCAAAGUGUUCGCCGACUAUGAAGACUACAUCAAGUGUCAAGAGAAAGUCAGCGCUCUCUACAAGGACCCUAAGGAGUGGACCAAGAUGGUGAUUCAUAACAUUGCCGGCUGUGGCAAAUUCUCCAGCGACCGCACCAUUUCCGAGUACGCGAGGGAGAUCUGGGGAAUGGAGCCCAGUCUGGAGAAGAUUCCCGCUCCGGAUGACCCUCGCUAAACCCGACGACCUUCCUCUUCCACCUCGCUAUGUAGCUCCGCGCGUGGUACAACAACCAGAGACGACCCCUGUAGCUUUUUCACUGUGCACCGUGGCAUUAUUUCUUCACAGUAACGACCCCUGUACGACCUCAGCGACUGCCGGUUUAGCUUGCACUGACAGAGGCAAUCUGGACGUGUGACAAAUUAAAGGAAAAGCCUAAAUUGAGGGCUCUGUGAGGCGGCCGUGGGUUUGAUCCACUCAGCCCCCUUUGAGGGGAAGAUCACUGCAAAGCAUCAACAGAGGGAAAGUGUUCCUGUAGGGUUUUAGAUUUGGGGAAUUGAUGCCAAGGAUUCAGGCCGUUAGGGUGCCCUUAAUGAAACAUUUCCUUUAAUUUAUUACCUGUCUGUUUUUCUUUGUGCACCAGUAGCGCAGACUCUCAGUCUUGCACCCCACAGUCAGCCUCUCAGGAGUUAAAGAACAGGUGGGCUGAUCUGUGAUAUGAUCCAGGUAGAGCUCAGAGCUUUCUUUAACCGUAGAGCUUUAUUAGAUUCACUUUUACUCCACAUCCCUGAAAAUCCUUCUAACUGCUGAUGAAGAGGAAACUGGUGAUUUAUUUUUAGUAUCUUUGGUUCUCUACAGCAGAACCUGGGCCUCCGUCUUUAACGAGGCAUUAGAGCAGAGUUGCAUUCCCCUCCGACUUCCACAGGCCAGCAGAGAAGCCUCAGUCCUGCCGCUGCUCCUGACCAGUCACGUCUUCCAUGGAGGAGAGUAGGGACCCGUGGACAGUGUGCACCGCAGCCUCAUACAGUACUGUGACUGCAUAGGAAUCAACCAUGUACCCAUGUUUUAAGCACAUAAAUGUUAAUUUUCAUAUUCACUGUCCAGUGUUUUCUGGUGUUAGCUGAAUGUAUUAAUUUGUGCAUGUUCUACUUAACUCUGUUUUUGUGUACCUGUAAUCCUCUCAGCAUGUGUGUGUCUGCUGUGCUCCUGUGUUCUUCAAAGUGCCCCGUUAGAACGUAACGAAGCCUUCUCAGCGCAAAAACCGAAGUGACUCCAUUUGUGUGUGUGUGUGUGUUCUUUGCUGUAUUUGUGUGUAACAUAGAGGAGUCCAUGACACUGUGGAUAUUAAUGUACUGUAACGGCUCGUUGUCCUGCUUCAGCUGCUGUACGUUACUGCUUUGUGGAGGCACAGCCGGUCAGUACACCGGACCUGCCGUGGUCGCUGUCAGUCGGUGCUUUUCUAUUUCACCCAAUAAAUGCUGUCAAACACAAA